AUGUCAAAAAUAUUGCCUUACAACAAAAACAACAAUAAUGAUGAUGUUAACCGAUCUAAAGAAAUUUGUCCACGUUUGGCUAGUAAAUUAUUAACUAAUGAUGAUACACCAUCACAAUCAUCAUCAUCAUCAUCUAAAUUGAAAUCUAAAAUAAAAAUUCGUAAUCGAUCUCCAAAGAAUAAUCACAGAAUUCAUCGACCAUGUCGUGCUUCGGCAGCAGCAGCAGCAGCAGCAUCUGCUAGAGAAGAACGUGAUAGUUUUAGUUUUUCUAAAUCAAAAUUUCCAAAAAAUUCAAAUCAUCGAUUAUCUCGACAUAAAAAUAAUGAUGAUGAUGAUGAAAAUCGAUCAAUUGUAGGUAGAAAUAGAAAUGGUCGUAGUAUGAAACGAAAAACCACAAAUAAUGGUCGUUUUCGUGUACCACUAAGAUCAAGAUCAAUAUUUGUAAAAAUUCGACAAAAAGGAAGAAAUUUCGGUAUCCGUUGUAAAACAAGUGUUGAAUUAUGGCGUAAAUGGAUUAAACGUGGUAUUAGUUGGGGUAGUAGUAAUAAUAAUAAUGAUGAUAAUGUCGAAUCGUCAAUGGCCACACCAUCAUCAUCAUCAUCAAAACAAAUGCUCAACGAAACAAUGCCUUCUCAUGUAUUGGAUACAAAGCCAGUGAUAAAAAUGAUACGAAAAAAUAUCAUUACAGAUGUGAUACCGGAAGAAGAUGAACAACAGGAUGAAAAAAUCGAUGACAAUGUUUGUCCACAAACAAUGAUAACAAUGGCCAUGAUAAUGGCAAUCAAAUGA